UAGUCUUGAAGUCUAGAUAGGCGUGAAGUCUUGAAGUCAUUAGUCAUGAAUUUCACAAAGAUUGUCUUUGUCUUCGCAGUCCUGAUGACUCUAAGCGUGGUGUAUGCUGCUCCGGACUUUUGGAAGGAACUGGAGCAUGCUGGCCAGCGCGUUAGAGACGCAAUCAUCAGCGCCAAGCCAGCCGUGGACGUAAUCGCACAAGCACAGAACAUCGCCAACGGAGGCAAUAAAGACGACUAGCUGCAUUACAGUUAACCCUGUUUUCUUCUAGUAAUAUUCUGAAGCGCAUAAUCAUGGGACUCAUGCCUGUUUUCACCAACCGCCUCCUAACGCUAAGUACCUACUCC